CGCGCUUUUAACGAUGUACGUUGCGAUGGUUUUCCUGCAAGGCAUACAGAGAGAUUUUUACACUCACUUAUGACAUAACAUACUUUCAGGCUAGACGCAAAACAUCCAAAGGCUGGACGUUACAAUUUCAUAAAAAGUUGAUUAUCUUAAAAUAAGUCAAUGACUGGUUCAGUUACUUUCAUAAUUGGGUAGUCUCGUUUACUUCAGUAUAAGCUUUGCUACGCUAAUAAUGAAACUGCUACAUGGCGAUGCAAAUAUUCCCGACAUUAAGUCCAUAUUUGGUUCAGAUGUAUCUGGAUGUAUUAACAUGAAUGUAAUGCCUGGCAGCAAAUCAGCAAACCUAGUCCCAUACGCCGUUGAAAAGUUCCAAAGUGGAGAGACAGAUACGAUUAUAUGGUGGAGCAAGCAUGGCGCUGUCGCGAAGACUGUUGCGUGUGCUGAGAUGUUCAAAAGCAUUGUACUCAAUACAAUCUCACAGACGUCACAAUUAGAUGGUUCCAGCCCACCAAAAAUGUACCAAUGUAGUCGCUUGCAUAUUCAAUCAUGUAAUUGCUCGGUUCCUGAUACAACAAUAAGUUGCACCCUGGAAGAACCGGGGAUCGCUAUCCUAUUUUCUAAAUCUCAAUUCCCAGGAGAAGAUUGUCAACUGCCUGUUGAUUUUGGGGGUAACAGUUUUUCAGACUUUAUAAACAAAGGGGAUACAUCUAAAUCAAAUUUAGAUCAUCCACCUAGUCGUCGUCGCUUAUCCCGUACUAUUCGGAAAAAACGUGAUAUUGUUCGUGAUUCCAAUAAAAACGAGCCCAAGUUUGCUAAUAAUGGUUCUUCAGAGAUGGGUGAUUUCCAUAAUGUCCCUUUUCAAACACCCCGUCUGGCUGCGGCUAUUUCAAAUGUAAAUAAAGUAUUAAAGCACAAAAAAUUGAACAGGAAACGAAAAAAGUCGUCAAAUUCGUAAAGAAAUACUUUGUGGUGUAUUUUUAUUUACCUAGUUCCGAUUGUGAUGUCCAUUAUCCUUUCGCACUUAUUUUUACAAUGAAACAAAUAGUAUAAAAUUGCAAUACACUUUAUAUUAUACCAUUUAGUACAAGUUUUUUUAAUAUACAAGAUGUAUAGCCAAGUUGAUUUCAAAAUAUUUCUCAGACAAAUCUG